AGAGCGGACUGACAGGAGCCCGGGGAGGGAGAGGGGGGAGACGGCUAUACCGGGAGGAUGGCUCGGGGUUCGAAUCGCAGACUCCGGGAGAAGUGACCGCGGAAUAACCGGAGCAAGGUGAGUGCAGAGCCGGGAGCCUGGGCACUGCCCGGGGAGGGGGGAGCGGGUAUUAUGGAGCACUGCAAGGGGGUAUUAUGGAGCACUGUAAGGGGGUAUUAUAGGAUACUGUAUGGGGGUAUUAUAGGAUACUGUAUGGGGGUAUUAUAGGGCACUUUAAGGGGGCAUUAUGAGGGCACUGCAUGGGGGUAUUAUAGGGCAAUGCAUGGGAGGUAUUAUAGGAUGAUACUGUAUGGGGGGUAUUAUAGGGCAAUGCAUGGGGGUAUUAUAGGAUACUGUAGGGGGGUAUUAUAGGGCACUGCAUGGGGGUAUUAUGCAGCACACGCCAGGGGCCAUUAUGGAGCACUGCAUGGGGGUAUUAUGGAGCACUGCAUGGGGGUAUUAUAGAAUACUGUAUGUGAGUAUUAUAGGGCACUGCAAGGGGGUAUUAUAGGAUACUUUAAGGGGGUAUUAUAGGGCACUGCAUGGGGGUAUUAUAGGAUACUGUAUGGGGGUAUUAUAGGAUACUGUAUGGGGGUAUUAUGGAGCACUGCAAGGGGGUAUUAUAGGGCACUGCAUGGGGGGUAUUAUAGGGCACUGCAUGGGGGGUAUUAUAGGAUACUGUAUAGGGGUAUUAUAGGAUACUGCAUGGGGUAUUAUAGAGCACAGUACAGGGGUAUUAUUGGGCACUGCGUGGGAUAUUAUAGAAUACUGUACGGGUGUAUUAUAGUGCACAGUACGGGGGUAUUAUAGAGCAUUGCAUGGGGGUAUUAUAGAGCACUGUAUGAGGGUAUUAUAGAGCACUGUACGGUGGUAGUAUAGAGCACUGCAUGGGAGUAUUAUAGGAUACUGUACGGGGGUAUUAUAGAGCACUGUACAGGGGUAUUAAAGGAUACUGUACGGGGAUAUUAUAGGGCACUGCAUGGGGUAUUUUUAUAGGAUACUGUACGGGGGUAUUAAAGGAUACUGUACGGGAAUAUAGGGCACUGCAUGGGGGUAUUAUAGAGUACUGUAUGGGGAUAUUAUAGGAUACUGUAUGGGUGUAUUAUAGAGCACAGUACGGGGGUAUUAUAGGAUACUGUAUGGGGGUAUUAUAGUGCACAGUAUGAGGGUAUUAUAGAGCAUUGCAUGGGGAUAUUAUAGAGAACUGUAUGGGGGUAUUAUUGGGCACUGCGUGGGGGUAUUAUAGGAUACUGUAUGAGGGUAUUAUAGAGCACUGUACGGUGGUAGUAUAGAGCACUGCAUGGGGGUAUUAUAGGAUACUGUACGGGGGUAUUAUAGAGCACUGUACAGGGGUAUUAAAGGAUACUGUACGGGGAUAUUAUAGGAUACUGUACGAGGAUAUUAUAGGGCACUGCAUGGGGUAUUUUUAUAGGAUACUGUACAGGGGUAUUAAAGGAUACUGUACGGGGAUAUAGGGCACUGCAUGGGGGUAUUAUAGGAUACUGUACGGGGGUAUUAUAGAGCACUGUACGGGGGUAUUAUAGAGCACUGUACGGGGGUAUUAUAGGGCACUGCAUGGGGUAUUUUGUAGGAUACUGUACAGGGAUAUUAUAGGAUACUGUACGGGGAUAUUAUAGGGCACUGCAUGGGGUAUUUUUGUAGGAUACUGUACGGGGAUAUUAUAGGAUACUGUACGGGGGUAUUAUAGGGCACUGCAUGGGGGUAUUAUAGAGUACUGUAUGGGGAUAUUAUAGGAUACUGUAUGAGGGUAUUAUAGAGCACUGUACAGGGGUAGUAUAUAGCACUGCAUGGGGGUAUUAUAGGAUACUGUACGGGGGUAUUAUAGAGCACUGUACGGGGUAUUAUAGGAUACUGUACGGGGGUAUUAUAGGGCACUGCAUGGGGGUAUUAUAGAGUACUGUAUGGGGAUAUUAUAGGAUACUGUAUGGGGGUAUUAUAGGGCACUGUACGGGGGUAUUAUAGGAUACUGUAUGAGGGUAUUAUAGAGCACUGUACGGUGGUAGUAUAGAGCACUGCAUGGGGGUAUUAUAGGAUACUGUACGGGGGUAUUAUAGAGCACUGUACAGGGGUAUUAAAGGAUACUGUACGGGGAUAUUAUAGGAUACUGUACGAGGAUAUUAUAGGGCACUGCAUGGGGUAUUUUUAUAGGAUACUGUACAGGGGUAUUAAAGGAUACUGUACGGGGAUAUAGGGCACUGCAUGGGGGUAUUAUAGGAUACUGUACGGGGGAUUAUAGGAUACUGUACGGGGGUAUUAUAGGGCACUGCAUGGGGUAUUUUGUAGGAUACUGUACAGGGAUAUUAUAGGAUACUGUACGGGGAUAUUAUAGGGCACUGCAUGGGGUAUUUUUGUAGGAUACUGUACGGGGAUAUUAUAGGAUACUGUACGGGGGUAUUAUAGGGCACUGCAUGGGGGUAUUAUAGAGUACUGUAUGGGGAUAUUAUAGGAUACUGUAUGAGGGUAUUAUAGAGCACUGUACAGGGGUAGUAUAUAGCACUGCAUGGGGGUAUUAUAGGAUACUGUACGGGGGUAUUAUAGAGCACUGUACGGGGUAUUAUAGGAUACUGUAUGGGGGUAUUAUAGGGCACUGCAUGGGGGUAUUAUAGAGUACUGUAUGGGGAUAUUAUAGGAUACUGUAUGGGGGUAUUAUAGGGCACUGUACGGGGGUAUUAUAGCAUACUGUACAGGGGUAUUAUAGAGCACUGUACGAGGAUAUUAUAGAGCACUGUACGGGGGUAUUAUAGGGCACUGCAUGGGGAUAUUAUAGGGCACUGUACGGAGUAUUAUAGGAUACUGUGAGGGGGUAUUAUAGGGCACUGUAUGGGGGUAUUAUAGGACACUGUGCGGGGGUAUUAUAGAGCACUGUGUGGGGUUAUUAUAGAGCAUUGCAUGAGGGUAUUAUAGGGUACUGUAUGGGGGUAUUAUGGGGCAUUGUACUGGGUAUUAUAGAGCACUGUAUGAGGAUAUUAUAGGACUCUGUAGAAGAUGGAUCACACACUCUAGAGGGCUAAAGCAUCACCCACUAUACAGUCUGUGUAUAAUCUAACCCUGUAUAUUAAUGCCACUCACUAGAUAGUUGUAGAAAUGCCCAGGUGACUGUAUGUAGUGUCAUUAAAGGGACACUAGUCACCAAAACAACUAAAGCUUAAUGAAGCAGUUUUGAUUUAGUUUAUAGUUCAUGCCCCUGCAGUCUCACUGUUCAAUUCACUACCAUUUAGGUAGUUAAACCACUUUGGUUAUACAGCCCUAGUCACACCUCCUUGCAUGUGACCUACUCAUCCUUCCUAAAAACAUUUCCUCUAAAGUGAGAUCUAAUAGUUACACUUCCUUUUUUUGCACACGCUAUUUAAUUGAGCUGUACACAAAAAGUGUACAUUUAUUAUUCUACAGUUGUUUUGGUGACUAUAGUCCCUUGAAUGUCCUGUACUUUUACUAUCUUUUAUAGAAAUUGCUACAUCCCCAGUAAAUAGCGCUGAAUAUUGCAUUGCUCUGCAGUGGAUUCCCAGCCACAGUUUGUUUUACCCCGACUCAUGUUUAGAGGCAGAUUUCAGAAUGUACACCAAAGGGGUUCAUUACAGUGAACUGGAGAGAACGGGAGAGAACGGGAGAUGGAUUUGUAGAAAUGCUCCAACUGUAUUUUAAGACAGCCGUGACACAAACUGUAAUAAACUAUGGUUAUACUGUAGUUAUUUUAAGACUGCCCCGUAUACUCUGUAUUUAUCAUCAUAUUUUAAGACUGCCCCGUAUACUCUGUAUUUAUCAUCAUAUUUUAAGACAGCCCGUAUACUCUGUAUUUAUCAUGUCCAUUCAUACAGUUUUUGUGGGGGGGAGGGGAGAGAGAUAUUUCUCCCAUGGGGCCGGUGUGAGUCCAGGUUUCACUGAAGUUGUGCAGUUAUUCUCCUGAGCUUCAUUCAGACAAGCCAUAGACUCCCUCACAUGUACCCUGUUAUUAAAGUCCAAUUACACCCCCCUCCUCUCCCUUAGCAGACUUUUGAUGUUGAUUAGUUUCCCACACUAGAUUCACUUGAACUUCUGAAACAGGUUCAAGUCUUAAAAUCUUUUCUUCUCUGAGGGACCCGCAAUCGUGGCAGGACUAAAAGCGUUAAAGGUUCACGGAGUAUUGCUGCAGUAACCCUUUAUUGUAGAAAGAUUUCAAUAGCAAGUCACUCUUGCCUGAAAGCUUGCAAUCUAAGAGCUUAAACCAUGAGAAAAUCUCAGUAAGACUGGAUCUCCAUGGACAAUUUAAGAAUGUGUGUGUGGGUUUUAUUAAAAAAAAACAAAAAAAAAACUAAUUGUGUCUUCUUGAAAUGAAUUUGACCCAAAUGCCCUGAUAAUUGCAGAAGAUUGCAGGGGGACAGGUCUCUACCUGACAGGUAAUAGUAGGUUUGGGAAGGAAGCUGGCUCGGCUUCUUGCAGCUCAGUCAUCCGAGAUCCGAGAAGGUUGGUGAAAAAAAAAAAAAAAAAGUCUUUUAUCUCCCUGGUCCAUGGGUUUUCAUUUUGGGAUCUGUAAUUCCUGGUUACGAGUCAGCGAAUCCCAUCAUAUGUUGAACUCUCACAAUGAGCUAUGUGUUGGGGUGGGUCCUAAAUAUCACUGGGUUUAGUGUAAAAUUUACUCUGCCAAGUGAUAAGCCUGCAUUAUGGAUUUGGUAUAAGAAGCCAGUAAAAAGCACGGGGCUAUGUCACGGCUGACUCAUUUCUUUCGUCAUCUGCCUUGGGCAUUGAAGUUGGAUCGUGAGUUCUUUACACGAGUUGCUUUCAUUUAUAAAGUGUGUGAUUAGUGGAUGUGGGCAUGUGUCAGUGUAUGUCUCUACCAUGCUCUUUCUGUUUGGCACAGAUGCCUGGGCGGUUGCAGACAGCGCUGAGGGUUCUGGGCACCAGUGUUUUUGCUCUGCUGGUUUUAGGAGGCAUUCUGGCUGCCUAUGUGACCGGAUAUCAGUUUAUCCAUACGGACCGGCACCACCUGUCGUUUGGAUUGUACGGAGCCAUACUGGGCUUGCACCUGCUCUUUCAGAGCCUUUUCGCCUUUCUUGAACACAGAAGAAUGCGUGGAGGGGGACGGAGUGUGUCCGGAACCUUUUCAGUGGCUCUGUGCAUCGCUGCCUAUCAGGAAGACCCCGAAUACUUGAGAAAGUGCUUACAGUCGGUCCGACGGCUUUCCUACCCCCACCUCCGGGUAGUGAUGGUGGUGGAUGGCAACUCUGAGGAGGACAGAUACAUGAUGGAGAUCUUUCGGGAAGUCAUGGGAUCGGAAGGCACCGGAUGCUACAUCUGGGACACUAACUACCACGAAACAGAAGAAGGGGGUCAGGAGGGUGAGAGGGGUGUUAAAGAACUGGUGGAAAACUUUCCUUAUACCUGCAUUAUGCAGAAGUGGGGAGGGAAACGAGAGGUGAUGUACACAGCAUUCCGAGCACUUGGAGACAUUGUGGAUUAUAUACAGGUCAGUGAGCAUGCAUUCAUUGUUCUUUACUGUGCUCUACAGCAGCAAAAAUACACAUAUUGUACCAGUUAUUUUUCCAAGAAAAACUUGCUAGUCCCAUACAAUAACCACUAGCCAAAAACAGCUAGCCUAACACCCCUUCUAAUGGUAUAUACAGACCUUGGAUGUGGCAGAUGACUCCUCUAAUUUCUAAGAAAGAAACCUUAUAGCUUCCUACAAACAACACAGAGUGGGUAAUAAUCACCCCAUGAUUUAGUAUAUUUGCCAGUAAAAUAGUUUGAUGUCAGGAUAUGAAAUCCUAACCUGCAACAAGCCACCUGCUCAUUAGUACAUAUUGUCUGUAAUAAUAAUAAUAAUAUUGCAGGUUCUCCUUGCUAGAGUGCGGGCAAAUAUACUUGCUAGAUAUUCGUCCAUAGCUUAGUGACCUCCACAGGGCCGUACAAUCCUGUAACAGAUAUCUGACCCGUGACUCUUACAGCAGAGACACACACAGAAGAGAAGGAGCACAUUGCAAAAACUGAAAGGGUCAGUGCAACACAUAGCGGCAUUUCCUAAAACUACAUUGAAAUAUAUAUCUGGGUCCUUUAUGUCAAAAUAUGUAAGAGAAAAACACAAUUGGAAAAAAUGUUGCCUUGCAGAAAAUAACCCCCAAAAAUCAAUUAACCGGUGCAAAUAAUAUUCGCUGUACGGAAAUAAAUGUUUAAUUUGGAAGGUUUACAAAGCCUAUUAAUAUAUCAAUACUGCCAUAUUGUAUUAAAAAUGUUUCAAAACAGAAAUAUAUAUAUAUACACACAUACACACUAUAUAUAUAUACACACACACACACACAUUAUAUAUAUAUAUAUAUAUAUACAUACAUACACACACAAAUAAAAUGAGUCCCAGUUCAGAUUAGAACUAUAAACACAUUCAAAUUUGCAAUUUGUGGCCACAUUCUCCUGUUAAUUUUACUGUUUGGGGUAUUGAUUACAAGGACCUUGAUCUGGUGUCAUUUAAUAGACUUUAUGAAAGUCCUUUAACAUGCAGUCACAUCACAGACAGACUAUAGAGAAUGCUGUACAAAGUGAAUUAACGCACAGUAUUAGCACAGUCACCUCUGCAAACAGACGCAUUCACUUUUAUAAUGUGAAGAUCCUAAAAAUAUACAUUAAAAAAAAAAAAAAAGCCUUGAGAUAAAGCCAUUCUGCAGACGCGCUGCCAAAGAGGAUUUAGCUCUAUAAUUCUAGAACAAAACAAAUGUAGAGAUUCCAGGAGAUGCUUUACUAUGAAAGAGCUCCUGUAUGUUUCUACAUGACAUUAUUUAAAUCCGUUUCCAUUGUCUGCUUGCAGGUCUGUGAUUCGGACACGGUGCUAGAUCCGGCAUGUACCGCAGAGAUGCUACGUGUUCUAGAAGAAGACCCCAAAGUUGGUGGCGUUGGUGGGGAUGUGCAGGUAAAUAUAACAAACUCCGCAUUACGCAAGCAAUGAGAUGGUGAUUUGGUACCAAUGAACCAUUAAGUGUCAAAGCAGGACUCAGGUGUAGGUUAACAUUAUGUAGGCCUUUAUCCACCCAAUAAACCUAGGGUAGACAACCUUUGACACUCCAGAUGCUAUGGACUACAUCUCCCUUGAUGCUUUGCCAGCAUUAUGGCCGGAGGAGCAUUUCACAACAUCUGCAUUGCCAAGAGGUGCCUAUCCUUGCUCUAAACAAAAAUGGUGUUCAUUGAUUUUGAAGGGAGGCCCUACAUCUUGUUUCUGGUUACAAUGUGGUCUGUAGAGAAGCACAUUAAGGUGAAUAGAAAGAUGGGAGCAUUUCAAUGAAAGGACCACUCUAGGCACCCAGACCACUUCAGCUUAAUGAAGUGGUCUGGGUGCCUGGUCCAGCUAGGGUUAACCCUUUUUUUUUUUUUUUAUAAACAUAGCAGUUUCAGAGAAACUGCUAUGUUUAUAAAUAGGUUAAUCCAGCCUCCAGUGGUUGUCUCUUGAAAAUCACAGUGAGAAGACGCAAGCGUCCAUAGGAAAGCAUUAUGAAUGCUUUUCUAUGAGACUGGCUGAAUGCACGUGCAGCUCCUGCCGUGCAUGCGCAUUCAGCCGAAGAGGAGGAGAAGAGGCGGAGAGGAGGAGGAGAGCUCCCCGCCCGGCGCAGGAGAAAGGUAAGAUUUUAACCCCUUUCCUCUCCCCAGAGCCCGGCAGGAGGGGGACCCUGAGGGUGGGGGCACCCUCAGGGCACUAUAGUGGUCCUUGAACUGAUCUUAUUUCUACGGGUCUCCCACUGUCCAUGGCGCAGCUCUACAUCUCCGGUCAUUCGAUACAUGGUGCCUCUGGCGUUCACAUCAAAAAUCCACAUGCGUAAUAAUGCGGUGCGCUUGUAAUGAAAAGACGUAGCGACUCCACUUCAACAUAAACCAAUCCACGUUAAUUAAAAAUAUAUAUCAAAACACCAGGAAUAGUGAACACAAUGCAUUUAUUUUAGAAGGUUUUAUGACUUGUCUAACAAUGAACCUUGAUGUAUAUUGUUCUCAAAUAACAGCAAUAGAAAUAAGAAGCCACAUAAAAUAUCACAGGAUAUAAACCUUAUAAAACAGAUCAUAUAACAGAAGCCUUAUAAAAGGUCUAUUAUCAGUCGUGGCUAAUCCUGGCACUGCAGAUAUUUAAACAUUUCAAUUCUUAUUAUGCUCAGCCAGCACCAGAGGAAUGGUAGUCACUAAAAUCCAAGCAUUGGUCACUGAUGUAAUUUGGGUCCUCAUUAAAAAGGGUUAGUAGCUGCUAGGGGAAGGAUAGACAAUCUUCAGAACUCCAGACUUGGUGAACUACAACUCGCCUAAUGCUUUGCAGGAAUGAUGACUGUAACAGCAUUAUGGGAGAUGUAGUCCACAACUUCUGGAGUGCCAAAGGUUGCCUGCCCUAGUCUAUCUGGUGGAAUUUGAAGUACAUACUUUGUUUUGUUAUUGCCUUUACUAUUUGUGUGUUGUACUCCACAGAUCCUCAAUAAAUACGACUCGUGGAUCUCGUUUCUGAGCAGCGUACGGUACUGGAUGGCAUUUAAUGUCGAGCGGGCCUGUCAGUCCUAUUUUGGCUGUGUGCAGUGCAUCAGUGGCCCACUGGGAAUGUAUCGAAACAGCCUUCUACAACACUUCUUAGAGGACUGGUACCAUCAGACCUUCCUUGGCCAGAAGUGCAGCUUUGGGGAUGAUCGGCACUUAACAAACCGUGUCCUGAGCAUGGGAUACCAGACAAAGUACACAGCAAGAUCCCGGUGCCUUACCGAGACCCCCACAAAGUACCUGCGCUGGUUGAACCAGCAAACCCGCUGGAGCAAGUCAUAUUUUCGGGAGUGGUUGUAUAAUGCACUCUGGUUCCAUAAACACAACCUGUGGAUGACCUACGAAUCUGUGGUCACAGGCUUUUUUCCCUUCUUCCUGGUGGCAACGGUGGUGCAGCUUUUUUACCGUGGCCGUGUUUGGAACAUACUCCUCUUCCUGCUCACGGUGCAGCUUGUGGGCAUUGUGAAGGCGACGUAUGCAUGUUUCCUUCGGGGUAAUGCAGAAAUGAUAUUUAUGUCUCUCUACUCACUCCUAUACAUGACCAGCCUGCUACCAGCAAAAAUUUUUGCAGUUAUCACAAUUAACAAGUCUGGGUGGGGGACGUCUGGGCGUCGGAAGCUGGUGGUGAAUUUCAUGGGCAUGGUGCCUGUGUCAGUGUGGUUCUGCGUCCUGCUGGGCGGGCUGGUGUACACCGCAUAUUGCCAGAGCCAGGACCCUUUCACUGAGACAGAGAUGCUAUUCCUGGUGACUGGAGCAAUAUUGUAUGCAUGUUACUGGGUGGCGCUGCUUAGCUUAUACCUGGCUCUGGUUGCCCGCCGCUGCGGGAAGAAGCAGGAACUUUACAGCCUGGCACUAGGAGAAGUGUGA